AUGUCUGUGACAGAGCGUCGUGCUGCUGAUGGUACUGCAAAGAAAACAAGAAGAAGUAAGAAAAGAAGAACGGUAGAGGUCUCUGACUCAGAAUCCUCCUCAGACUCCUCAUCAUCUGGGGCUGAAUCAGAUGUUGAUGGAGCUGAUAAGCUAGCCCUGGGCGAUCCGAAUGACAAAGAACGAGUUGAUGCUGUCCAACUGUCGGAUGUUGAGCUUUCAGAUGCAGAAGAGACAGUCGAAAAAAAUGUUGGUGAGACACUUGGAAAUACGACACGACAGGUGCUCAACGAGAUUCCUUUCACCAAGACUGAUCUAUCUGAAAAUCCUCGAAAAAAUGUGAAUACCAUAGAUCUUUCGAAAAUAGAAAGCGCAAUAGAGGAAGCUCAGAAUAAGAUAUCCAGUACUGAGAGCGAGGGACAACUCAAAAAUUCGUAUCUCAGUGUUCUAUUCAAUCAUUAUGGCGAGGAUAUCAACUCUUUGAGAGAAGCGCCGGACUUCACACCAAAAUCACUUGUUCUUCUGGCAAAUGUCCUAAAAGAUGGUGGUCAUAUGUUUGAUAUAGACACUCUCAGAACUGUCGUGGAAUCCGAAAAAUAA